GUCACAUGACUUGGCGGCCAUAUUUUCCACAGUCCGGUUUUAUGUUAUAUUAUGGACAAAAACACUGUAUUUAGAGGUUCCAGGACAUGCUUUCUAAAAUCUUUUCAUUUAGUACUCGAAAAGCAGACAAAAAGGCACCUGCUAACGAAGUAGAAACUCAUCCGUUGUCCAAUGACGUUGGCCUCCAGAAUUCAUCCAAGAACCAAGAAAAUUUAAAGAAACUUUCAUGUGGAAAGGGAGAAUGUCAAUCCAGAACUUCAUCUACUGGUAGGAGAAAUUCUCCUAUUCGGAGACCAAGUAGUGAUUCUACUAUGUUAGGAGAAAUGAUAUUUGGAUCUGUUGCAAUGACUGUCAAGGGAUCAACAGUCAAAGUCCAUAUUAUCAGGUCACCACAUCAACUUCUAUUGACAAAGGUUUUCUCCCUUAAACCUGUCCUUCCAGUCUCAACCUGUUAUAGUGAAGAUAGUGGGAGUCUGGCUUUUAGUCAAGUUGAUUCCUUGUUGGAUUCAAGUGGAUAUGAUCAAGACUCUUCGUCACUGUCCUCUCAAAAUAAUAGUCCUAAAGAUUUCAAAAUUAAAGAAGUUUCUAUCCCAGUUGCUGUUCCUGGAGCGAUUCCAGCUGGAAGUAUUGAACCUGAAGAUGACAGUGGGUUUACAGCAUCACUAAACAUCUUCCUUUAUACACACCAGUUCUGUCACACUUCACUUAAUAUAUUUAUAUGCAAUGGGACUAUUUCUUUCUUUUGCUAUAGUGCUCUUCAAGGUUUCUUCUUUUCACAUUACCCUCUCUUCGAUUCACAUAUGCAUCGAUUGAGAUGUGCCAUUGAGAAAGCGUUUUGGUCAAGAAAUUCAUUCUCAGCUCAAAUUAUUGAGGCCCUUGACACAUUUUCUGAAGAUGUUUGUAAUUUAUUUAAAACUCCAAGACUCAAGGAACCUGUCUGGCUCCAUAUGAUGACAUUUCCUGAUGACAGACGAGUAUUAUGUGAGCAGUUCAUGGAACAAUUUACUGACAUUUUGAAGCUUUACAAUAACAGAGAAACUGGUUUUUUCCUGUCUAGUUUAUUAUCUGCUGUCCUUACACAUCAUCUUGCUUGGGUACCAACAGUUAUGCCUGCUGGAGCUGCUCCAAACAGAGCAUAUUUGGAUAAGCACUCUUCACAAACUUUGGACCUUCUAGCUCAGUCUCAUCCUUAUAAUCCUUUAUGGGCACAGCUAAGUGAUUUAUAUGGAGCAAUAGGUUUCCCUUUAAAACUUGCCAGAACAGUUGUCACUGGAAAGAACUCAAAACUAGUUGGUCAGUUAUUAAACUUAAUAAGUUACUUCAUUCGAUGUACUGAAGUUUUUGACCACAAUUUGCAACGAGCUGAGUCAAAGAAUGGAAAUAUUGUGGGAAAAUCAGAAACUGAGUAUUGUUGUUUAUGCAGUGAUGGAAAAGAUGUGUUUAAUGAAUUCAACUUGUAUCACAAGCAUAAUAUAUGUGAAUCAUGCAUGGAGCGCAGUGGGCUAUCAAUCUGUAUAAAUUGUCAAAAACUAAUACCUAAAGAACUAACAAAUAUCACCAAAUCAGACAAGUCAAAUAAUCUCCCAAGAAGAUUGCUUGAAGGACUACCUUGUUGUGAUAAAUGUGGAUUAUUGCAAAAACAGUCAAAUGUAAAUGGGUUAAUUCGACUAAAUACUUUGUCUGGAUCAUGCAGCUGCCUACCAAAAUGGGUAGUUGCAAARGACCUUCAACACUUCUUGGAUGAUCUAGCUUUCUCAGAACGAAGUGAAACCUUUAAGUGUUACUGCUGUGAAGUUGCUGAACCUAUUCAGGAUACAAAUUCUGAUGGAAAGCCAACAUUUCAGUGCUAYUGUAUAGGGGACAACACAUGCAGUCAUUGCAGUAACAGAAUGAAUGGAUUCAAUYAUAAUGCAAGAACAGAUUUUAUGAAUUCUGGUCACUGCCUGGAAAAUGCCUUCAUGGAGCUCUUGGCCCGUGAUCAAAUUUGUACAAAAUUAGUGUGCAGCUGUGAUUAUGAAGUUGAUAUUGACAUCCAUUUUUGUGAAAACAAAAAACAAAAAAACUCACAUGGUCGUAGUGGGUCGCUAGAUUCUGGAUUUGAUCAGAAUUCAUCCUCAUCUUGUGAUAAGAUCAAAGAAGAAAUAGAAUGCUUAAGCAUUGGUACUCUUGAAGAUUAUGAUGAUGAUGACUGUGGACCAGAAGAGCUUCCUUUACUUGGGAUUGUUAAUGCUCAGUGCUAUGAAGAUGAUUCCCUCAGAAUUGACAAAUGGAGAAAAUCCAAAAACUUUGGACGCACACUUUUUUCAGGGGUUAGCGAUACAUAUCACCCAGACUUUGUGCUACAAGGUGUCACAUGCAACAAGGAAAAUAUACUGCCUAAUCUGUCCAAUGAUUUGUUACUGGCUCUACAGCAUUCUGUAAUAGAUGAUGUGCUCUCUGAUGCUGUUUGUAUUAUUGCAGACACAGACAACUGGACAUGUGAACUGAUUUCAGCUAAAAGAGGAAAAGUCAAAAGAGAGUCAAUUCAAACACAGCCAGUAGAGGUGUCCAACCUUGUGUUAUCCAUGCUGUCAUCUGUGACUGGACUCCGGGAUAUUCAUAUGCCAGCCGAGUUUUGCCUGAUGCAUCUGGAAGAUAGAUUAAAAGAAAUCUAUCUGAAGAGCAGAGUGAUUGCAGAAUGGCUGUGUAAUAGCAAGAAAGGUAUCACUAAAUAUGAAUUGGCAAGAACCUUAGGUAUUGAUGACAGCGAUAUGAUGUUGCUGCUGGCAGUGGCAUCUUCCCACUCUCCUCAAGGAAUGGCUAAUCUCCGGUAAUCACAUGGUUUUCAGACGAGAUACAGUUUCCUCUGGAAUGAUGUAUUAUUACAAGUCCUUCUUCGAACGUCGAGUUCGCUGAGUUGAAGAUAUAGUUUCCUGUUCAAUUAUAAAUAUGAAUAAAACUGGUUAACAAGUGCGUGAACCAGUGAAACA